AUGGCAGUGGCACCUGCUCUUAUUGUCGUAGAUGUGCAAUACGACUUCCUGCCAGGCGGAUCGCUUGGAGUUACAGACGGCGAUCAUGUCCUACAUGCCAUUAACCAUUUACUUAGUGGAAAGUGGAGUUAUGUUGCUGCGAGUCAAGAUUAUCAUCCAACAGGACACGUCUCCUUCGCAAGCACGCACAAUAAAGAGUUGUUCUCACAAAUUGAUGUAGUCUAUCCGUAUGCAACCGAAGGCGUUCCGUCAAUGAUUCCUCAAGUAAUGUGGCCAGAUCAUUGCGUUCAAGGAACCCGCGGAGCCGAGAUUGAAGAAAGCAUACUCGAGUCUUUACAACCAUGGUUUAACUCCGACAGGGGCCAGGUCUUCCAAAAAGGAACGGACCCGCUCGUCGAGCAAUACUCAGCAUUCGCGUGCAACCGCGGUGUUUCACCCGCUUCCACUCACCUCACUUCCGAAUUUCGUAAACGUGGGAUUAACACCCUUUUCGUCGUCGGCCUCGCGACGGAUUAUUGCGUCCGUGCAACAGCUCUGGAUGCUAGAAAGGCUGGAUUUGGUGUGAAGAUUAUUGGGGAUGCCGUUCGAGCUGUUGGAGGAGACGACGCAACACGGAGAGUUGAAGCAGAGUGUAAAGAGACUGGAAUUGAAUUUGUUGGAAUUGGCGAUGAGGUGGUCAAAGAGUGGCUGGAGUGAAACAACCUCGACCAAAGCAAAAGCUCUCCUAUUCAGCUGGUGACUUGCAUAGUGGAACUUACUAGGAUUAUUCAUUCCCAG